GCCGGGGAGGUAGUUGCAGACGCCGCGGAACAGUUUCGGCUUAGGGUCUGGGUCUGGCUCCGAGGGCGCGGGGAGCAGGGUGUCCCGGGGCGCGGCGGCUGCAGCGGGAGCGUACUGAGCGCCCGCCAGCCCGUCUGCCAUGUCCAGGAAAAAGACCCCCAAGAGCAAGGGGGGUAGCGCGCCCGCUACCUCCGCACUGCCCGCCACCCACGGGUCCCAGCCCGUGCGUCCCGGGACUGCGCGCCCUGGCCCCGAGGCACCUCCCAACAGGCCCCCGCAGCCCGGCCGGUCUUCGCUUGGCGGCGGCGGCGACUUCUACGACGUCGCCUUCAAGGUCAUGCUGGUGGGAGACUCGGGCGUGGGGAAGACCUGCUUACUCGUGCGCUUUAAGGAUGGUGCUUUCCUGGCAGGGACCUUCAUCUCCACUGUGGGCAUCGACUUCAGGAACAAAGUUCUGGAUGUGGAUGGCAUGAAGGUGAAGCUGCAGAUCUGGGACACGGCUGGCCAGGAAAGGUUCCGCAGCGUCACCCAUGCCUACUACCGAGACGCUCAUGCACUGCUGCUGCUCUAUGAUGUCACCAACAAGGCCUCCUUCGACAGCAUCCAGGCCUGGCUGACAGAGAUCCAGGAGUACGCCCAGCAUGACGUGGUACUCAUGCUGCUGGGGAACAAGGUGGACUCUGCCCAGGAGCGUGUGGUGAAAAGGGAGGAUGGGGAGAAGCUGGCCAAGGUGAGCUGCGGUUGGGUGGGCAGCCAGAAUGCCCCUGGGGCUGCAGGGCCUGAGCUGUCCCCACCAGGUUGCCAACGGCUGUUUGCAGGAGUACGGGCUGCCAUUCAUGGAGACCAGCGCCAAGAUGGGCCUCAAUGUGGACUUGGCUUUCAUGGCCAUAGCAAAGUAAGUCCUGGCAGUUAUCGGGAAGACCCCCAGACCCAGCGUCUGAAUCCCCUUGUUGGGGGUACAGGCCACCCUAUUCCAUGGUCAUCCCUGCCCCACAGGGAGUUGAAGCAGCGCUGCAUGAAAGCUCCCAGUGAGCCUCGCUUUCAGCUGCACGACUAUAUCAAGAGGGAGGGCCGGGGGGCCUCCUGCUGCAAACCCUGAACCUGGCUGGGGAUGGCCACCAGGGUGUUCUCCUGGAAGACUGGAGAGUCUACACACCCCCGACUUCACCACCCAGCAGCCAGUCCCAGGGUGUCUGUUUCUAGGAAUCCCAGGCUGAGCCUUGCCCUUCCCUCAUCUGGGAAGCCAUCCAGAGCCUCAGCCCCAACAAACAGGCUUCAGGAAGCCAGAGGGUCCGCAGCCCUCCUUCACCUGCUGCUGAGGGUUGUGCCCCCAAGGCCUUCACAGAAGAGCAACCAACUUCUACACAGGAGGGCUACCCAACAGCGUAUAGACUGCCAGGCACCUGGUCCUCCGGACCACGGUGCCCGUGCCCCGUGUACAGCUGCCUGAACACCUAGAAAGCCAUGUCUGCAGCUGCACAUGUUGCCCAGGCAGGAUUCCUGCCCACACCUGGGGCAGAGGGCUUCACCACGAAUCACAUCAAGGACCAGAGCUGCCUGCUACCAGCCCACCCACCAGGAGGCCCUGGUUCAAACAUCAACAGGGUCUUUCAUGUUACCCUGGAGGAUGCCAAGGCUGUGGCUUUGUAAUGCAGUGAAGAGCAUGUGGGAAGCCACAGAAAUGUCAGGCAAACCAGGACUGCCAGCCCUCGCCUGCUGACCAGGGCACCAUCUCAGCAGGUUGAUACAAGGCCUGGGCUUGGCAAGGUCAAGCCAGGGGGGUGGGCAGGGCACUCCACCUUGUACUAAAAUCUUGAAGUGUUUUUUUGUUUCCAGUCCUAGUGAAUAAAGUUGUGUUUUCUGGAGUGCC